AUGCAGUGGAGUAAAUUUCCCUCUAAAAAGUUGUAGGGGUAGAAGUGUAGCAUAAAAUAUGUCUGUAAGCAUUCAAGUAGCAUAUCUCAACUUGUACAUAAAGUACAGUGAGUGAGCACAAGUAGCUAAUUAUAGGCCACAAGCAGUGACUGAACUCAAUUUUUGCUUUAUAAAUAAAGUCACUGCAUUACAUUUAUCACUAAUUCAACAGUCACUGUUCAUGCGGAUGAGCUGCUUGUGCGUCGCUUAGCAACAGCUUAAGCAACCGUUAGUGAGUUAGCAACUUUAAAAUCAUUAGCUUAACUGUCUUGUUUUUUAACAUUAUCAUGGUAGUUAAAAGUUUUUGGCCUAUAAACUCAAUAUGUGAUGGUGAGGAAAAGGGGGGCAGUGGGACGUUUUUAACAGGAAUGUCAACACUUCGGUUCAUGAGUUAGUUAUUAAUGGGCUAGCGUGAAAUAAAACGUCAGUCUGUGUCAAUAAGGCCACUGCUGACCGAGGAAUGCGCUUCGUCAUCAAAACCUUCCCCUGGGGGUAAGAAGGAGGCCGGGGAGGAAAGAGGAGGAGGGGAGUUCUCAGCUGGGACUUUCCUCUCUGCCCUCCAGAAAAAAAGUUGAAUCACAGGGCACCGCGCCGGAGAUGUUCCCCGGUGCCGUCACGGAGGAGGUAUGCGGACCUGUAUGCUUUGGUGCGGCCGUGGUGGUCUCCCCCUCCGCUCGGCAGCACUGCUCCUUUUAAUCCCUCCGUUUCUCCUCGCGCUCCAGCUCCUCGUCGUCGGGCCGCGGUUACCUCGAGCCGCAGGGGUGGGGGUGGAGGAGCGGGAGGGCGAGGUUGCGUUUUCCGUUAUCAGCAUCGAACCGGAGAGGAGCUCACGCCAAAGGGGAGCUCUGUCCCGGCGACCGGAUCCGGCGGAGGAGGGGGAACAGGAGGAGGAGGAGGAGGAGGAGGUGGUGGUGGAAGAUGGGAAAAGGAUGGAGGGGGCACGAGCAUAUGAGGACGAGAACGAGAUGCACUUGCGCCAGGUCGGGCCGAGACCUUUGGAGUUGCAGCAGUGGGCUGCAGACGAGCCAUCCUUCUCAGCAGAACUCGAUCGUAUCAUCACAUAUCUCACAAGGCCACAGCUGAACUGCUCCAGGGUUUUAUCUCCAGGUCUGGCUCAGGCAUCACAGCCGCCUGCAGCUUCACCCGUCUGGUUGCUGUGCGCUGAGGAGUGGCUCCUUCCAGCUGCAGAUACACCAUGUGUUGCAUACUCCUUCAGUAUGGAUGGGGGAGAUGCAGACUUUCUAAAGACUGUUUCAGGGCUGGAAUGUGAAGUCCACACUUUUGAUCCCAGUAACUCCAAUGCAUCUGGUGGUCACCUUGGCAACAGUUUGGCUAGUAACCAUGGUAAUGGAGGUGUGGCGAGCCAGCACAAGAUGUGGCUGGAGUGGCGGGCUCCAAGGAAGCGCAAGCACAAGACAAGAGGCAACCUGGGUAGUGUUUCUCAAACACUGGCAGAUAUCAUGGCAGCUCUGGGACAUCACACAGUUCACUUCCUGUAUGUUGAUCUGCUCAGUGCUGAGUGGCGAGUUUUCCAGAGCUGGAUUGAGUCGGGAACUUUGCAGAGUGUCCAUCAUCUGGUUGCCACGGUGCACCUGCAAUGGGCAGGGUUUGAGGUGGGCGGAACCAAGGAGGAAGUGCUCCGCUAUUGGUUCAGUGUCCUGCAGGGUCUCCAAGCCUCCGGACUGAAGCUGGUCCACAGCUCUGCAGGAGAGGGACACAGUGUCUUAAAACAGACAGUAGCAAACGCUCACAGCUCCUACACACUCAGCUGGGCCAACAUGAGACACUGAUACUCACACAUGAAUGGACAAUGGUGUACACACAUGACCAGACAUUGUGGAUGGCCUGAAACAAAAAGGAGAGGGUCAAACUUAAAAUAGUUUGUGGAGUUAGACUUCAGGUUUGUUUCUGUUUUCCUGUGAAUCAGGCACACAGGUCCUUAAUAUGACAUCUCCAUCUAGUGGAGAUGAAAGGUUUUGCCAUUUUAUGUGUCUCCACCCUCAGAGGGAAAUACUGUAGUGCUUGAACAGAAUACUGGUUGAUUUGGCAAAAUGUGGAGCUGAAGGAUGGAUUUCUCUUGGCACAAUGAAAGAAUGUUUAACAUAUAAAGAAUGUAGUUUUCUCACUGGCAAUAUAAGAUCAACAUAAAAAACACAGUUUAUCUUAAUAUAUCAAUAUAUCAUCAUCAUUAUAUCAUAAAGGUACAUCCUAUUUUGCAUUUAUUUGAUUGAUACAGCUAAGAUCCAGAUGCUUGAAUGUAGUCUUUGAAUUGAUGAUUUACUGUAUAUAAGAACGUCUCUGUAGGCCUUAAAAUGCUUUUUUGUGCAAUAAAAACUGUUUACACAGAAGACAAGAAAAUGCUUAAAUGAUAAUGAAAAAAUAUAGUGUUUACUGUAAAAUUUCUAGAUUCUUUGCCAUCAUACUGAUGCAUUUUUUGCACUCUACUAUGUACUGUAUAAUAAUAAGAAAAACAAUGACACCAUAUUAUAUAUGUGCAUUAAUAUCACAAUAAACUCAAAAUGAAUCCAAA